AUGAUCAAGUUCGCCCAACGCCCGGCAACAUCAGCCUCGGCGUCGUGGGUAUGCUCAACAUGUCUCCGGCGCAAGGCCCAACAAACCCUCCAGCACUUCCCCCGAGCAGCAGCCCCGCGAUGGCAACACACGGCUACCCAGACUGAGACAGCACAGCCGCCUCCAUACACCUUCUCUAUCCCGCCCUCCGCCACCCACACGACCGCCCGCGCCAAACACGACGAUGCAGACCUGCGCCGCAUAUUCGACUCUCCCUCGGCAUGGCUGGCCUUCUCAGGCGCCUUCAAGGGAAAGCCCCGCGUUGGGCUCUUCCGCAAUGCCUACCUCACCGAACCGCAGGGCUUCCUCGCCUUUGCCCAGGUCUCUCUGACACGUGCCCAACGCAUCGUCGAAAAAGUCCUCUCCGCAAGCUCCGUGGUGGAGUAUAGGGCCGUCGUUCGCGACCUUGACCGGCUGUCCGACCUGUUGUGUCGCGUCAUAGACCUCUCAGAUUUCGUGCGCGUCACACAUCCCGACAGGCAGAUGCAGGCCGCGGCUUCGGAGGCAUGGACUAUCGUAUAUCAGUAUAUGAACCAGUUGAAUACGACCACCGGCCUGAAUGAGCAGCUUGGGAAGGCGUUGGACAACCCAGAUGUGUCGUCUGCCUGGUCGGAAGAGGAAAGGGCUGUGGCGGAGAUCCUGAAGCUGGAUUUCACAAAAUCGGCCGUCAACCUACCCCGGGAGGCGAGGGAGAGGUUCGUUGACCUAUCGUCAGAGAUAGGCGAUGUCGGUCAGACGUUCGUGGAGCAGAUGGCCCCAGAGCAGCCCGUCCUUACGUUUCCGAGCAGCAAACUCCAGGGUCUGGAGCCCACGAUAGCGCGCAGAAUGACCCGGAGGGGGCGCGUCUACCUACCUGCCCUGAGUGGCGAGGCGUCUCUUGCGCUGCGCACCGUUCAUGACGAGGAUACAAGGAAGGCAAUCUACUAUGCUUCGCGAACCGCGUCGAGGAGCACUGUACAACAAUUGGAGCACUUGCUCAGCUUGCGGGCCGAGAUAGCCGACCUGUCUGGCUUCGAGAGUUACGGCCACAUGGCACUGCGUGACAGAAUGAUGGCCAAGUCACCCGAAUCCGUCCAGCAGUUCCUGAGAGCCCUUAACAAGAACAAUGCGCCGAUUGUCAGGCGCGAGAUGGAGGACCUCAUGGCCUUUAAGCACGGCAAGACGGGUUUGUCUUCUUCCGACCUGCAGCCUUGGGAUAAAGACUACUACAUGAACCAGAUCAGGGAUCUGGAGAGGUCGAAACUCAAGCGCGAAGACUUUUUGUCUGCAUACUUCUCGCUUGGAACCAUCAUGCAGGGUCUGUCAAGGCUCUUCACUCGCCUCUAUGGAAUCCGAUUUGUGGCCAAGGAGACGAUGCCGGGCGAGACGUGGCACCCUGACGUGCGGCGGCUCGACGUGAUAUCCGACACUGACGGACACGUCGCAGUCCUAUAUUGCGACCUGUUCUACCGGGCAGACAAGUCGCCUAACCCGGCGCACUUCACAGUGCGAUGCUCACGCGAGAUCGCAGGUUCCGAGCUUGAGGAAGCAGAGGCUGCUGCUCAGCAAGCCGUAGCGGGCAUUCCUGACUUCGCCUCGCCAGAGGAGGCUGCCAACGAUGGUAUGGCCAUGUCUCGAAGCAGUAAUGGCGUAUUGAAACAACUACCCACCAUCGCACUCGUCUGCGACUUCCCUCAGAGCCAGGCUGGCGGUGACAAGCCCGCCUUCUUGACUUACGGUCAGGUGGAGACGCUAUUCCAUGAGAUGGGCCACGCGAUCCACAGCAUCCUGGCGCGGACCUCGCUGCAAAAUGUCUCCGGCACACGCUGUGCGACCGACUUGGCUGAGCUGCCCUCGACUCUAAUGGAACACUUUUGCGCAGACCCAGAAGUGCUGGGCCUCUUUGCUCGGCAUUACGAGACGGAUGAGCCGCUCAACUACCAGAUGGUCGUUGACAGGAUACGACAGGCCCGGCGGUUCGAGGGCACAGAUAACGAGAACCAGAUCCUCCUUGCGAUGCUAGACCAGGAGUAUCAUGCCCCGCGUGCGGCAGGCGGAUCCCUUGACUCAACAGAAGUCUACCGCAAUCUGCAGCUCGAGUACGGUAAUACUCCCGUCGACCCGCCAGGUUGUAGGUGGCAGGGCUUCUUUGGCCACUUGUUCGGGUACGGUAGUACGUACUACAGCUACUUGUUUGACCGCGUGCUGGCCGAGCGGGUGUGGAAAGAGGUGUUCUCGUCGGGACGGGAUGGUGCCGCCAUCAGCAGGGAGAACGGCGAGCAGUUGAAAGAAGGUCUACUCAAGUGGGGUGGGAGCCGAGACCCUUGGAAGUGUCUGGCGGAUGCGCUGAAGGAUGACCGCGUGGCGGAUGGUGACGAGAAGGCCAUGGCCCUGGUGGGAAGCUGGGGCACAGGAGCCACAGUCAAGGAGUGA